CAGGCGGGGAAGGGCUCAGCAGGGGGACGCCCGCGCUGGAACCAGCGAGCGGAGAGAGGACCGGAGCGGGUCUGUCUUGUUCUCGCUGCAGCCAGUUCCCCGGGGAGAGGGAUUCUCCCUCUCGGCUGCACAGCCAGGGACCCGCCGCCGCCCCUGCCCCGCUCCCUUCUCCUCUCCCGAGGGAGCGGGCAGAGUUCUGCCUGCGCCUUUCCCAGCCGGUGGCGGUGGCGCUGCUGAGCAGAGCCGGGCACUGGGCGCCGGCCGCCCGCCCGCGCUCCCCUUGGCACCCCCUCCCCGGCCGGCCGGCUGGCUGGCUGUGCGCACGGCGAACAUGGCGGCGGAGGCGGUGGGGCGGGACACUCUACCUGAGCACUGGUCCUAUGGCGUCUGCAGGGACGGCCGGGUGUUCUUCAUCGAUGACCUGACCCGCUCCACUACUUGGCUGCAUCCUCGCACCGAGGAGCCCGUCAACUCCGGCCACAUGAUCCGCUCAGAUCUGCCCCGCGGCUGGGAGGAGGGGUUCUCCGAAGAGGGAGCCAGCUACUUCAUCGACCAUAACCAGCAGAUCACGACAUUUAGACAUCCUGUGACAGGACAGAUUUCUCCAGAAAACAUUGAAUUUAUUUUACAAGAAGAGCAGAAUUCACACAUGUCCAAGCAACAAGUAAACCAAAGACCCUCAAGCAUGAUCAGUGAAACAUCCACUGCAGUAACUACAUCCACUGUAGAUACCAAACCUGGCUCCAAGGUUUUAAAAUCUUGUAAUAAAGUUCACAGCUUUGGAAAGAGGGACCAGUCUAUCAAGAGGAACCCUAAUGUUCCUGUUGUGGUGAGAGGCUGGCUACACAAACAGGAUAGCUCUGGAAUGAGAUUAUGGAAAAGACGAUGGUUUCUGCUGUCUGAUUAUUGUUUGUUUUACUAUAAAGACAGCAGAGAAGAAACUGUUUUGGGUAGCAUACCAUUGCCUAGUUAUGUAAUAUCUCCUGUUGGACCUGAAGAUCGCAUAAACCGCAAGUAUUCCUUUAAGGCUGUCCACACAGGGAUGAGGGCAUACAUUUAUAAUAAGAGUUCUAUUAUUGGCUCUCAGGCAGAGCAUUCAGGAAUGCGCACAUACUACUUCAGUGCAGAUACCCUAGAGGAUAUGAAUGGCUGGAUCCGUGCCAUGAAUCAAUCUACUCUUAUGCAAACACGUUCAUCACUGAAGAGAGAAACAGAAAAAGCAGAUCAGCAAGCUGUUCCCCAAGUUAACCAUGUGGAUUCCCGUAAAGAGCGUGCAAAGGUGGAUACUGCUGAUAUAAAAGGAAGUUACCAAAAAGCAACUGAAACCUUUGGAUAUGAUAGGCAUGAAGAGAUAAGAAAAGAAAGAGAAGAUGAGGAACGUUAUGUCUUCAGAAAAGAAAUUCUGGAAUCUAAGAGGGGAAAAUCUAAGCAUCCAUUAACAUCAGGAGAAGUUGAUCAGUUUCCAGAUUUAACAAGUGCGUCUCAGCCCCAAGUAGCUCAGCCUCAGCCAGUUGAGAAGAAUGGGACAUUUCCUAGUUCAUUAAACAUGAGUGUUGGCCCAGUGGAGCAGAAUGGUACCAGUUUGUAUAAAAGAGGAUUUGUUCCCAGAGCAAAUCCAGAUAAACAGACACAAAGGAAAAACAACAUGACUCAAGUGGAGCAUUGGGUAAAAGUCCAAAAAGGAGACACAAAAAGUCUUGCUUCUGAUCAGAUUCUAACUCGUCAAGGUCCCAGUCAAUCUUCGUCUUUUCCUGAAAAUUAUCAUACCUUGCCAAAGAAUACCAGGCAGCUUUCAGGGAGCUCUCCUCCACCAAAUCGCAACUUGCCAAGUGACUACAAAUAUGCCCAAGACCGUGUUAGCCACUUGAAAAUGUCCCAUGAGGAGAGGAAAGCUAAUAAAGAUGGUACUGUAUGGCAGCUAUACGAGUGGCAACAGAGACAGCAGUUUAAACAUGGCAGUCCAACUGCUCCAGUUUAUGCAGGUUCUCCGGACUUUACUGACCGUGGUAAAGCAAAAAGUUCACUAGAUGUUCCACGAUCAAUUUCUGUUCCUCCAUCUCCUUCCGAUAUUCCUCCACCAGGACCUCCAAAAAUCUUUCCGCCAAGGAGACCGCACACUCCUGCAGAAAGGGUUACUGUUAAACCAUCUGAUGGGAGACGGAGUGUAGACAUACCUUUUGCUGGUUCUCCAAGGAGGAUUCGAAAUCAUGCUGUAAAGAAUUCAGCACACAUUGAUAGACGCUCUAUGCCUACUAUGGGAUAUAUGACCCAUACUGUAAGUGCACCGAGUUUACAUGGCAAGUCGGCUGAUGACACCUACAUCCAGCUGAAGAAAGACUUGGAAUAUCUGGAUCUAAAGGUGACAGGGCGUGAUAUACUAAAAGAACGAAGUACAAAACCUGUCAAGAUUGCAGAAAGUGAUAUUGAUGUCAAGCUAAGCGUUUUCUGUGAACAGGACGGGAUUCUACAGGACUUGGAAGACAAAAUAAGAUCCCUUAAGGAAAAUAAGGACCAGCUGGAAUCUGUCUUGGAGGUUUUGCAUAGACAGAUGGAACUGUACAAAGACCAACCACAGCAUGCAGAAAAAAUUUCUUCCCAGCAGAGACUUUUGCAAGAGGACCUCAUUCAUAUUCGGGCUGAAAUAUCCAAGGCAUCCACCGAAAUGGAAAAUGCUUGGAAUGAAUAUCUGAAAUUGGAAAAGGAUGUGAACCAGCUGAAGCAAGCCUUACAGGAACAGAUGAACGGAUCAUUUUUUCCUCAGGAAAAAACGCAAAUGCAAAAAGAUUUAUGGAGAAUUGAAGAUGUUACAGCUGGCCUAAGUGCAAAUAAAGCAAACUACAAAGUCAUAGUAGAUUCUAUAAAAAAUCCAGAAAGAAAAACAGUGCCUUCAUUUUCUCAGUCUAAAGUGCCUUCAUUAUCAACUUCUCUCACAACUGUGGAGAGCAAACUUUUGACUCAGCGAACUCCUCCAUCUAGUCCUGUUAAGUCCUCUUUGGAGGUUAGGCUGUUUCCACAGCCUUAUACUCAGCCUAGAACUCAGUCUCAACCACAACAGCUGAAAAAAGUGGAGCAUCCUCUUCAGUCACCCGUGAAGCUAAAGUCAAAAGUUGGAGAUGAAGCACCACCCAGACCUCCUCUCCCUCAGGUCUACAAUCCUGAUGAUCACCCACCAGCUGUUCCACCUCUUCCAAGGGAAGCCAAUGUCAUCAGGCACACAUCAGUGCGAGGCCUGAAACGUCAGUCAGAUGAAAGAAAGAGAGAUCGAGAACUGGGACAAUAUGUAAAUGGUGAUUAUAGGGGAGAGCUCCGUUCAUGCAUGAGUGAACCUGAAUUAGCUACAAUAGAUGGUGACUUCAGCCAAACUUCACUUGGUUUCAUAGGUUCUGACAGUGGAUACCAGACAUUACCUACCAGAGGAUUAUCCGGAUCAACUUCCAGACUGCACCAAACAUCCACCAUUUCAUCGUAUGCAACAUUUCAAAGAGAUAGCGCCAAGGAGAGACCAAAGAGUGCCUUGGAACGCUUAUACUCUGGAGACCACCAAAGAUUCAAGAUGAGUGCUGAGGAACAACUAGAAAGAAUGAAGCGACAUCAGAAGGCAUUAGUUCGUGAACGCAAGAGAACUCUUAGCCAAGGAGAAAGACAGUCUGUUUCAUCUCGGUCUUUCAUCCGGCCCGUUUCUGCAGACAUAGGCUCAUGGAAACGAGAACAAGAAUUUGAUUUGCAGUUACUUGAGAGAGCAAUACGUGGAGAAGAGAAAAACGAAAAUGACUGGUUAAAAAUUCAGCCUGUACCAGUGAAAGAGAUGGACCUGGAACCUCAAGAUUAUGACUUAGAUAUCAGCAGAGAGUUGUCAAAACCUGAAAAGGUGGCAAUUCCAGACCGCUAUGUUGAGCUGGACCCUGAAGAACCUCUCAGUUCAGAAGAAUUAGCCUCAAGACACCGUAAAGCAGAAAAGAUAAAGAAUAUUCUUACCAGGUCUAGUAUGCACAACCUACAGCCUACUGUUGCUCAGGACAAACACAACUCAGUUGAUUUAGAUUCACAGCUGCAGGAGCAGGAACGCAUCAUUACCAUAUCAUAUGCUUUGGCUUCUGAAGCCUCUCAGCGGAGCAAGGAGGUAGCAGCCAAAGCAGUAAUGGAACAUUGACAUAAGAUACAAGCCAACAACCAUCUGAUGCCAGAGCGUGGAAGAAAGAAUGUCUUCAUGACACCAGCUUCUCGGAAGAUACUCAUCAGCUGAUCACAGAAUUUUUCAAAAACAAAAUCAGAGAAUAAUAGAGGGAUUUUCUAUGAAAAACAAAUAAAUUUAAAUCAUUUUAGUUUGGCAUUGUUUUAGUUCAGACUUUUUAUAUAAAUAAAUGGCACUUUUGAUAUACGCUGUAUAAUACUGAUGUAUUUUUAGAAACAGAAUAUAUUUUAGAUUGUUUUAAUCAAGGGCUGAGUUCAUUUUUUAAAAAAAGCUGCUUACACAGACUUUACAAAAUAUUACUGCUUCACCCUCAAGUUCAGAUGCAUAUCGUAAAGCCUCUUGACAAAAUGUAAAUCAAAUAAUCUUGGAAGCACCUCAUGGCAUUUGGGUAAAGCUAACUCAAGUGAGAAGUUUACUGAGAAUUUUCUUCUUUUUUUGGCAAAAUUGAUCACUCUCAUGUGCCCUUUAAAUAAGAAAUAGCAAAGGUCUCAGCUUCCAUUUCUAAGUGUUAGUAACCAUCAUGUUUGCACAUAAUGAACAAAAUUAUGGCACUCAGCUGCUAACUCAUGUACAUUUUUUAAUUCCAUGUAGUUAAUUUUCAAAUAUCAGUACCCAGUGUGUUAGCAUUGACAAUAGCACUGUCCCCAUCAGUAACAAGAUGCUAAAAAAAUAUAUUUUUUCUUAAGAGGACUGGAAAGUAAAAGAAAUUUUAAUUCUAAUGUGUGAAGUAAGCAAUAAAAUGUUAAUAGAAUGUGUGAUUUUACUAGUAAAUAUAUAUAAUAUUUAAUUGUUUUAAUUAAAAAGCAAUAUGUGAUGUUUUGCAUUAUCAUGGAAACAACAGAAAUAAUGCAAUGUGGCACUUGCUAAUUUUGUAUGUAAAUUUAACUGGUGCUUAAUUUUGCCAAAACUUUCAAGUCUGAUAUUUUGCUUGGGUAUAGGGUGAAGAGUUGUCCAGUUACAUAUGAAGAAAAUGAGUUUAAAUGAAUUGCUAUUGCU